CGGGGUUCGAAGUCCGAAGCGCUAACCAGUAGGCCAGGCCUAAUCGUGUUCGUGCCCCUUUUGAAAUUUAAGCACCUGCCCCUCCAAAGGUCUCUGCACUGCCCUGCUGUUAAUGUUUCACUGGAGUUAUUAGCUUACAAUCUGUCCAAACCUUAUUGUGCUAUAAGCCUGAUGAACUACAGUUCAGCACUGCUUGAGUCAGAGGAUAGCGUAGCAUUCAUCCAAAAAUACCGGCUUUAAAAUGCCCAAAUGCAACACAAAUUGCGUUGAGAAACCGCUAGCAAAAGGAUUUGAAAAACUUGGACGUAUCGUCGGUAUAUAUCCAUGGGUGUUCUUUAUUUCACCUCUGAUAAUAUCAGCGGGUCUUGGUGCAGGGUUUUAUUUUCUAAAAGACAGAGAGGCGAACGACAUCGAAGAACAAUUCACUCCAAAAAACGGUCCAGCUAAGGCGGAGAGAGCAUUUAUCAAAGAGCAUUUUCCGCAAAGAGAAGAGUUUUCUAGUUUGAGGCUUUACACAGAGGGAACAUUUGCUUCACUAAUCGCUGUGCACCCAACAAACAUUCUCAACUUAAAUGCUUUCGAAGAAUUAGUAAAGUUAGACCACAAAGUGAAACAGAUCAGAGUAAACGGUAGUAAGCUGACAUUUUCAGACUUGUGUGCCAAGAAAAAUGGAAAAUGUGUGUUAAACCCGAUUCUGGAUAUAAUGAACAUCUUUAUUAAUGUUAACACAACGAUUAAUUUCCCUUGGCACAACGGAGAAUUCACAGGAUCAGUAAUUGGCGGCGUGAGUAAACACUCGAACAAUACCAUUCAGUCUGCGCAGGCAAUACGAAUGUUCUAUUAUUUAACGGAGGACAAGAAAAAUGAAACAGACCUUUGGUUGAAUAAGUUCAUUCAGACUUUGUCAGAAGAAGAAGCAACUGACAAAAAGAUCUCUGUUUCCUAUUUCACUUCAAUAUCACGGGCAGAGGAAUUUGAAACAAAUCCACAGACAGUGAUACCACUGUUCUCCAUUACUUACUUUUUGGCCAUUACCGUCUCCAUAGUUUCGUGUAUGAGGCUGGACUGUGUGAGGAAUAAGGUCUGGGUGGCCACCUUCGGGGUGCUGUCUGCAGGCCUGGCGGUGCUCACCAGUUUUGGACUGCUGCUCUUCUGUGGGAUGCCAUUCGUGAUGACGGUGGCGUCUUCUCCCUUUCUCAUUCUUGGUAUUGGUGUGGAUGACAUGUUCAUCAUGAUUUCAUGCUGGCAGAAAACAAAAGUCAGAGCUAAGGUGGAAGAUCGCAUGGCCGAGACGUACAAGGAGGCUGCUGUUUCCAUCACCAUCACCACUCUCACUGACGUCUUGGCGUUUUACAUCGGCCUCAUGACCCCUUUUGGGUCAGUCCAGUCCUUCUGCAUGUACACCGGCACAGCCAUCCUCUUCUGCUACAUCUACAACAUCACAUUCUUUGGUGCCUUUCUGGCACUGAACGGACAACGAGAGGGAAGCAAUAGACACUGGCUCAUAUGCAGGAAGGUUAAAGCUCCCAGUCCAGACAACAAGGGCAAUGCCUGCUCAGUUGGAGGAGCUUAUGAUCCUGAGACAGGUGCAGAGGAGGAGAUGCCCAUUAAUAUCCUCUUUAGAAAGUACUAUGGUCCAUUUCUGACAAAGCCUUGGACUAAAGUGUUUGUUAUUUUGCUCUACUUAGGAUAUUUGGCCGGUAGCAUAUAUGGCUGUUUGCAAAUGCAGGAAGGGAUUGAUCUAAAAAAUUUAGCACCUGAUGAUUCGUAUGUUGCUAGCUACUAUGAUGACGAAGACAGAUAUUUCUCAGAGUAUGGCCCUUUUGUCAUGUUAGUUAUUAAAGAUAAAAACUUCCAAUAUUGGGAGAAAAGUGCUCGUGAAAACCUUGACGCAUGCCUGAAUGAAUUUGAAUUAUCCGACAUGGUUGCCAAAAGCAUGACUAUAUCUUGGCUUAGAGACUAUAUAAAUCAUGGAGAUGCAUUAGGAUUAAAUCUUGCAGAUGAAAAGGGUUUUAUGGGAAAUUUACCCACAUAUCUUCAACGGUCAGGUUUGACACAGGAUGUUCUUAUUUGCAAUGAUAAAAUACGGGCUUCCCGACUAUUUAUCCCCACAGUAAACAUCAGAACUGCAAUUGAUGAGAAGGAUAUGUUGAACUUUUUCAGAAACAAAACUCCCACUUGUGGCCAAAACAUGGAUCUAAUGGUCUACCAUCCUGCCUUUAUUUUCUAUGAUCAAUAUGCAGUCAUUGUUAGCAAUACCAUCCAAAAUAUUGUAGUUGCUACUGUGGUCAUGCUUGUAAUUUCUCUUCUGUUGAUUCCACACCCUCUCUGUUCUCUGUGGGUGACCUUUGCCAUUGCCUCUGUAAUAGUUGGUGUAGCUGGUUUCAUGGCUUUAUGGGAUGUUAAUUUAGACUCCAUCUCCAUGAUCAACCUGGUAAUCUGCAUCGGCUUUUCUGUUGACUUUUCUGCACACAUUUCUUACGCCUUUGUCUCAAGUGAAAAGAGAACAGCUAAUGAAAAAGCUGUUGACGCCAUAUACAACCUUGGGUAUCCAAUUAUACAAGGAGCUGUCUCUACUCUUGCUGGUGUUGUGGUCCUCUCAGCAGCAAAGAGCUACAUUUUCAGGACAUUUUUCAAGAUUAUGUUUCUGGUCAUCUCAUUCGGCGCACUCCAUGGCAUAAUGUUCAUUCCCAUAUUCCUGACAUUUUUUGAGUGCUGUCGUGACUCAAGCAGCGUACGGGAUAAAAAGGACCAAACUGGUAAUGGACAAAAUUGGAGAAGUAGUAACACUGGGCAAUUUUCCAUGUCUGGGAAAAGCACAAACCAAAGUCGUUCAAACUAUACAACAGAUCCCGACUGUCCAUAAAAUUGUGGCAAAGUAUCAUGUAUCGACACUGAAACAGAAAUAUUGAUAUAUUACAAUGCUGUCACCUUUACAUAGGAGAUACAUAUAUAUUUUUUAUUAGAGUUUCUUAGAAAUGUGAUGUAGAUUCCAUAUGAAUAUGUAGGUUUUACAGUAGCCUACACACUGGUUCAAUAUACAGAAUUGUAAUAAUGCUGAUAUCAGUCAUAUAGUUUAUUUAUGCUCUAUGUCUUGGUAGCUAAUAUUUGAAUAUUUUGUAACCACAGUAUGGAUCCUUAAUAUUUAAGACCCAAGCAUCGGUCCAGAGGUAUAAUAAUUGAAUGUGGAAAGACGUGCAGAGACUAUUCAUGAAACAAAUAUAGGGGAGGAACAAGGUAUGUGAUCUUGAGGACAAAGUAUAGUAGAGGAACAAUUUGGGCAAGGCAUAUACGAGAGAGAAAUAUGUCCCUAAACAAUGUAAACCUUUCAUCACCUCAUGGUAAAUAGUGAUUCUAGAUUAACAAUCUAGAGAGAGGAAUUGGAGAAUAAAAAUGUAACCAUGCACUCAGAGCUCCUAGAGAAAAUGUGGCAACUGUGUUUUGUUAAGCAAUAUAUGGAAAUGUUGAAUGUAGGCUUUUACAGAGUUCAGUUAUAACAUGGAGAAAGCUACUUGUGAUAAUAUCAUAUUCAUAUCAGCUUAUCGCUCAUGCAUUAUAUGCUGUUACUUUUCUGCAAUAUUUCACCUGAACUUCAAUAUGCAGAUUUAUGCUUCACCUUUUUUACACUGCAUGGAGUGAUAACAUUGCUAACAUUAAUCACACUGUUGUGUUAUCACAAUUUUAAUAAUAUUUCAGUAAUAUCCUCUGUACAGUAGGCUUCCCUUAGCUCUCAUUUCUACAUUCUGUUUUGAUUUUGUAUUCUGUAUAACUGGUAAUAAUCAUGAUAAUAAAUGAUUAUUAAUAACAA